AUGUCAUCUUACCUUGAUGCAAUUUAUGCAAGGGUUGACGCAAAUCCGGAUCUUCCACCCAGCACCACGUUCCACAGUCCAACCCAAGAAGAUUUGGUCACUUGUAGCUCCUCUAGGUUCGAUACUCACGGAAACAAAGGUUUCAUCAGCAUUGAUUGUGGCAGCAACGAAGAUUACAUUGAAGAGGCAACGGGUAUUUCGUAUGUGACAGACAAAGGAUUAAUAGAUACUGGAGUAGCUGAGACUGCAUCUCCUAAUUUAUCUGCACACUACGUACAGCCACUAAAGAACUUGAGAAGUUUUCCUCAAGGAAAAAGGAAUUGUUAUAGCCUGAAACCGGAUCAAGGCAAAAACAAUAAGUUCCUUAUCAGGGCUAGAUUCUUGUAUGGAAAUUACGAUGGCAAAAACCAACAUCCGGAGUUCGACCUAUAUCUUGGGGUCAAUAAAUGGAGCACAGUGAAUAGCACGGUUGCAACCAAUUAUGAGAUUAUUCACCUACUCUCAACGGAUUACAUCGAUGUGUGUCUUGUGAACACUGGCCAAGGUGUACCCUUCAUUUCAGCGUUGGAACUACGACCUUUGGACAAUUCCAUAUAUCCGAUCACUGCAGGCGGGGCACUUGUUUUGCAUGACCGAAGGGAUUUUGGUAGCACUGGACCAGUAAUCAGGUAUAGAGACGAUGUAUAUGAUCGCUUCUGGUGGCCUGAACAAUCUGAAAGUUUGAUUCCAGUUUCCUCCGUCUCGACCAUAUACACCAACAGCACUGAUAACGCUUAUGAAUUACCAGCUCAAGUGUUAAAGACGGCUUCCAAAACACAGAACGCGAGCAUUGCAUUAAAAGUUUCCUGGACCGCGCUGGACACACUUUCUAAAUAUUAUGUUUACCUUCACUUUGCUGAGAUAGAGAAACUUGAACCUGGCCAGCAGAGGGAAUUGACAAUUGACUUGAACGGUGAGAGCAAUCUCUCAGAAUCUGUUAAACUUGAUUAUCUAAAUCCACUCACAAUAGUCCAAGAUGAUCCGCCAAAUAGCGGCGGCAGGAGGCUUCACUUCUCGAUAAAAGCGGCUCAAGGAACUACGAUUCCUCCAAUCCUCAACGCCUAUGAGAUUUAUCGGCUCUUAGAGCUAACAAAUAAACCGACUGCCCCAGACGAUAUUACUGCUAUGCUGGAGAUCAAGAUCCAGUACAGCGUGAUUAGAAACUGGCAAGGCGAUCCAUGUGUCCCAAGUAAUUACUCAUGGGAAGGUUUAAACUGCAAUAAUGACAAUCCUCCAAGGAUCAUCUCAUUGAACUUGAGCUCAAGCAACUUGACAGGGAAAAUUGCAACUUCAUUCUCUAAGCUCGAACUAAUCCAGUCCUUGGAUUUGUCAUUUAAUGACUUAACUGGGCUACUGCCAGAAGUUUUUGAACAACUACCUAAUUUGAAAACUCUGGAUUUAAGAGGAAACAAGCUCACAGGUCCGGUUCCUGAGGCUCUUCUGGAACAGUUUAGGAAUGGAAAAUUGGACCUGAGGGUUGAUGCAAAUCUGGAUCUUUGUCUGUACACUCCAUGUAAGGGAAAGAAGAAAAAGGAGUUUUUCAUUCCAGUUCUUACAGCGUCUAUAACAGCAGUCUUGAUCCUUCUCUUCAUCGUUAGUGCUCUUGCUAUAUAUAGAAGGAAAAGAGGAUCAGACAUGGUUACCAAAUCCAGCAUCAAAUCAAAGAAUCGACAGUAUAGCUACUCUGAGGUUGUUAAGAUAACUAAUAACUUCAGAACCAUCAUUGGCAAAGGAGGAUUUGGAAACGUGUACCUCGGCAAAUUGAAAGAUGAAAUUCAAGUUGCUGUCAAGCUUCUCUCUCCUUCAUCAAACCAAGGGUACAAGGAAUUUAGAGCGGAGGCACAGCUCUUAACGGUACUUCAUCAUCGAAACUUGGUUACUCUUGUUGGAUACUAUGAUGAAGGCAAAAAAAAGGCACUCAUAUAUGAGUACAUGGCUAAUGGGAAUCUGCAGCAGCAUUUAUCAGCAGUGACAAACCCAAAUGUCAUAACAUGGAAGGAGCGACUUUGUAUUGCAGUGGACGCAGCACACGGCUUGGAGUAUCUACAUAAUGGUUGCAAGCCACCUAUCAUCCACAGAGAUUUAAAACCAUCCAACAUCCUACUAAACGAACAAAUGCAAGCCAAGAUAGCUGAUUUUGGGCUUUCUAGAGCCUUUGCCACCGAAAAUGAUACCCACGUGUCAACCUGCCCAGCUGGCACAUUUGGAUACGUCGAUCCGGAAUUUGCAACAUUUGGAAACUUCAGCAAGAAAAGUGACGUCUAUAGCUUUGGGAUUAUUUUGUUUGAGCUUAUAACUGGUCGCCCUGCAAUAAUAAGAGGACCUAUGCGAAACAAUCACAUACUUGACUGGGUUUAUCCUUUGAUUGAAAGGGCAGAUAUCCAAAACAUUGUUGAUCCAAGACUCGAAGGAGAAUUCAACACCACUUCUGCCUGGAAAGUUGUGGACAUAGCCAUGUCAUGUGCACUACCAGUUACAAUCCAAAGGCCAGACAUGAGUCAGGUAUUGGUAGAACUAAAGGAAUGUUUGGCACUGGUAAUGACUCAUGGGAGAAGUCAAUCGAUGGCAACUGAGUGCAUAACUUCAAGCAUGCCACACAACACUUUCCAUUUGGAGCUAGAAUCCGAAUUUGCUCCCGUCGCUAGAUAGUCACUAAUCAAACUAUGCUCAAAAGUUCCUUGUAUGCAAUAUGACAAAGUCUGUUUGAAGACCUUAUUAUAUCCUUGUUUCAUGUGGCUAUCUUUUCUU